UUGUAGAAAACAACAGAAUUGAACGAAAAAUUCUUUUGAAAAUAAACAAAAGAAAAGGAACACGCACACAAACAAAGAGUACUUGAAACAAAUUCAUAUUUAUUCCUAUAGCUUUAAAAGCCAACAAAACAGCAACUAGAAAUAUUGAAGACAGCUGCAGAAUGGUAAUAACAGUUGUGAAUUAUGGGCAAAGUUAAUUAAAAUACACAAAAAUAUAAAUUUGGCAUUACGAGCUCAACAAGACGAAGACGAAGAAGAAGCUGAAACUGAAAAUACAAGGCAUAAAUCAAUUGUUAAUAACAGCAACAACAAGGGCAACAUGUAGAAUGAGAGAUUCAAAAAAUUGCAAUGUCAAUGCCUAUAUUUACAUGGCCGAAUGAAAAAUGGCCAUAUUGAAGGGCGAACCACAACAACAAAAGCAGUAACAACUCAAAAUGGCUGACAACAAGGACAACAACUCCUGCAACAACAUGAAAAUGACUUAAAGCGGCUUAUAAAAACAUAACUGAAAACGCAUCAAGCAAAAGCCAAAAACAAACAACCAACCAAACCAAACAACUAGCCCAAAACUAUAAAGCGAGUGAGGCAAAUCAGCCCCGAAAGGACAACUUGGCGUAUGCGUGAUUAAUUGCACUUUAAAUACAAAUAAAAAUAUAUAGAAAACAGUCGGACACAGAGAGAGAGAGAAAAAGCUGUCAAAAUGUUGCCAACAAAUGUGAUGACAUUCAUGAAAAAGAUGGUGGCCACCGAUGAGCAGACGAGCGAGAGGCAACAGCAUGCAACGGACUCCGGCGGCGGGGCCUCGAACACGGGUGCCUUGAACAAAAUGAAGGCAACGUUGUCCUCAUCACUGUUAACCGUUACAGACAAAGUCAAUAAAAUGUCGCCACGCCCUUCAUUGGUGCCCACGGAUGCAGAUACCAGCGGCAGCUAUGGCUCGCCCAGCUAUCAGCAGCAGCAGCAACAGCAGCAGCAGGAGUCCGGCGGCAAUGUGAACAACAAUAACAACAAUACAGGGGCAACAGGAGCUGGCGGGGCUGGGGCCAAACAACAAGAGCCAGGUCGUCGGGCUGGGGCUUGUAGGGUGUGCCUAAAGUCCUUCAAGCCCGAUGACUACCACAAGACGUGCUUCGAGUGCCAGCAGCGAGUAUGCGAGGAUUGCGCCAGCUACAGUAAACUGGAUGAGCACGAGGAUGCGACCAUGUGGCGGUGCAGCGUCUGCCGGCGCAAAAUGGCCUCACGGGUGUGCAUACCACAGGACUCUACCGACAGCAUGCUAGAUGUACCCGUAUUGGAGGCCCUACAACGUCGUCACUCGGAUGCUAAAUUGGGUAGCAGCACUCAGACCUUGGCACCCAGCAAUGGAGCCGCCUUGGCUCCGCCUCGAAGUCCAGAAUUGAGACGACAUUCUGAUGUAUCGCCAGCAUCGCUCAAGGAGCUCGAACGGCAGCUAAAAGGCAACAAGACUCCAGGCGGUGAUGGCGAUUGGCGCGGAGGUGGCCGCAGCAUGGCGCCCAGUCGUUCCAAUAGUCCACCACGCGGUGGUGAAUUGGAGCCCGCAUUCGGCGCGCCUCUAUCACGCAUGCAAUCGCGACGCGGCUCGCGGGUGGCCCGUCAGCACAGCUACGAUGAUGAUAUGAAAACAGGCCCAGUGGGUGGCAGCAUGCCAGGCGGUGGCCCGGCCGCAGAUGGUCCAGGCUUGGGAAUACCAGCUAUGCCGCGUCGUAAAUCUGCUUACGAUGUCUUUGCGCCUGGCUUGAUGCAGGGUGUCGUUCCUGGUGCUGGGGCUGGAGCAACGCCAGCUUCUCAGUUACAGCGCUCACCGGGCGAGGGCGGAGGCGGGGGCAUAAUGCCACCAAUGCAAUUGCCUGGCUCACGGCGACCAUCGUUUCGGGUGCCGCAUGCCUCGGAGGACCUGCAGAAUGAUGAUUCACCCGGUUCACCGGACAAAGGAAGUCCUGUGCUCACAGUAGAUGAUGAUCGACGUAUGCGGCGUCGAGGCUCGCAAUUACCCGACAUUGCUAUGUUACAGAAUCGUGGAGCUUUGCCAACAGCACCGCCCGCAUCGAUUCCACCGCCCAUGGCCUCGUUUACGGGACCCAAUCUAGAGGAUUUGGAGGCACCGCGCAGGCAGACCUCAAUGGAUGGUGAAGCCAUACGAAUUGUAAUACAUGAUGUCGAUUCCGGGCCGAUUUGUGCAUCAAAGCGUCGUAUUAUCCUUCGUCGGGAUCCUACAGACAAGGCGCAUCGCACACGUGGCUUUGGCAUGCGAGUGGUGGGCGGCAAAACCGGCGCCGAUGGCCGUCUGUUUGCCUACAUCGUUUGGACAGUGCCCGGCGGGGCAGCUGAGAAAAAUGGUCUGCAGCAGGGUGACAAGAUACUCGAAUGGAAUGGCAUGUCCCUAAUUGAUCGCAGUUUCGAAGAGGUCUGCUCCAUAAUGGAUCGAACUGGAGAUAUUGUCGAGCUGCUGGUUGAGCAUGCCACCGAUUUUCGUAUGUGCGAUCUGUUUGAUGAGAAUCUACCGCCAGGCAAUAGUGGCGGUCAGAGUGGUCCACGACGUUCGGGUGAUGGUCCAGUGGGCCUAGGACUAAUAGCGGAACCCGAAACCACAACAGACAAAUCACCAGCAUCGCCAACUAGACGGAAAUUACCAAAAACUCCGGAGCAAAUUGCCCGCGAGAAACUGGUCAGCGGACGUGUCCAAAUCCAGGUUUGGUAUCAUGCCGAACGAAAUGAAUUGGUCGUCUCUCUAAUGGCCGCCGAUGAUCUGGCAUUACGCGAUGAGGCCUACGGUCAUGGCAAUUUACCGGAGGCCUAUGCCAAAGUUCGAAUUCUACCCAAAUGCGGGGAUGGCAGCGUUCAGCAAACGGAAGUCAGCCGACCCACACAGAAUCCCAUUUGGAAUGCCACACUGACAUUUGCCCACGUGAAAGCGGACAGCCUGAUGGAUCGCUAUAUAGACAUUCAGCUGUGGGAUUUGGUGCCGCACACCGAAUCCAUUUUCCUCGGCGAGUGCAACAUUGAGCUGCAGCAGGCCUUUCUCGACGACCAGGCCAUAUGGUGUCGCCUGGAGGAUCCCAAGGGAUUGCGUGGCAUAAGUAUUAGCAAGUCGCCCAGUGUAUCGCCACGUGGAUCGAUUGCCACCGGUGCCGGUGCCCCGUGUGGCGAUGUCACCCGAUUGCUGCGACGCGAUUAUAAUAUGCAGCGUUCCAUCUCAGAUGAUGUGGACUCGAUUGGCGAUGGGGCGACAUUACUGCAUCCGGAUCAUGCCUGGAUAGCGGGAUCGCGACGCGGUUCAUCGCAAUCGGAGACCAUGGAGGUAGAGGUCUAUCAGCUGGGUAAGGACUUCUCGCGCUCAUUGCCGGGCUCGCGUCGCUCCAGUUUUCAGGAUGCCGAACAGAAACGGCUCGAGGAGGAUGCCAUGGCCACGCCACCCACAUCAUAUCUUGUGGGCCGGCGUCGCUCAUCGGUGGCACGACGCGAUCCGGAUGAGAUCUUGAAAUCCUUAAAAGCUGUACGUGGCGAACUGGGCAGGACCAUGAGUUUGGGCCAAGAGCAACAGCAUAAACGCAUGGGAUCACGACGUGCCAGUCGUGUUGGCCUGCCCAGUGGACCGAACAGCCGCAAGAGUUCCAUACUGGAUCUCUCGCAGCAGCAACAACAGCAAUUGCAGCAACUGCAACAAUUGCAACAGCAACAACACUUGCAACAGCAUCAGCACUUGCAGCUGCAGCAACAACAACAACAUCUGCCCAUGGGCAUUGGCAACACAGAGACCAGUCCACCGUCCGAUGAUGAGGAUAAACGCUUUCGCCCCCGCUGGAAGGGCUCUGGCACCCAGUUACCUCCUCAGAGUCCCAAACAGGCCUUGUCGCGUCUCAAACAGGCAGCGUCUGUAUCGAACGUCACCCAGGAGCGACAAAGUCAGCUGCUGGGAUCCAAUUUGGGUAGUGAAACUAACCCACAAUCGUCCACAUUGCGUAAGAGCAGCAUGAUCAAUCUGCGAGCCGGCCAAGAAAUGCUUACGGCUGGCCAACUUCAACAGCGUAAGGGCAGCAUGUUCCAAUUGGGUGAAUCUCAGUUGCAGUCGCAGUCGCAAUCGCAAACGCAAUCACUGCAGCGUAAGGGUAGCAUGUAUGUAGGCAGCGAUUCGCCCACCGCAAUGGGCACACCCACUCGCAAAGGCAGUGUCUAUCAGCGUAUCAGCACGGAUCAAUGCGGCGACAGUCCGCAACGCAAACAGAGCGUGGUGAAAACACUAAGCGGCAGCUAUGUCAAUGUAUCGGCCAUCACGGGAAGUGAGUCCAGCUAUGGCCUGAAAUUGGGUCCAUCGCAAAUCCAUCCCAAGGGCUAUCGCUUGACCAUGGCGCGAUAUGGUGAAUUGAAAAUGGGAUUCGUUAAAAUCAAAGGCAACGUGGAAGUGGAGUUGAUUUGCGCCCGAAAUAUUGUGAACGAGGACUGCGAGACGCCUCCGGAUACGUAUGUGAAAUGCUACAUCAAGGAUGGCGAACGAUUGAGGCAUAAGAAAAAGACACGGGUUGUACGGCAUUCGGCGGAGCCCUUCUACAAGCAGACCAUCAAGUAUCAGAGUGCCGACGUCUUUGGGCGCAAUAUUGUCAUAAUGGUUUGGCAACGUUGUGUCGGCUUCGAGCAUAACCAGGGACUGGGCGGCACCGAAGUGAAUCUGGACAAGGUGAAUAUAGGGCAGCAUAUUAGUGGCUGGUAUCCAUUGUUUCCCAUGCACAGCUAUGGCGGCUCCGAUUCUGAUAAUUCUCCUUGACCGAAUUAUUUUGGCCAGCAGACAGCAGUGAGUCGCAUACAGACAACAAAAACAAUAACAAUUCAAUUGAAAUGCAUAACACCAAAUUUAAAACAUAUGCUAAACAAUAUACUAAAAGUUAAAGCUCAAUUUGUUAGUAACUAAGCGUUCCCUCCAAACCCAAAAAGUAAACAAAAACCAACAAAAAGCAACAAAAGACAAACCAAACACACAAAAAUUCAAAUUCGUUGUUAAAUCUAAUCAGAUAAUGUGCAGUUAAUGCAACUAUAUAAUUCC